CUGUACGACCUCUGAGCCCUGAUGCCUAGGGUUAGCAGCGUACUUUUUCUCAGUUAGCUUGGUCUUUAAUCGGAGGAGAAAAAUGUCUGAUUUGGAAGAAUACCGGCAAAUGAUUCUACGAUUUAGGGUGAAGCAGGAACUGCGAGUGCUUCUAGCUUUCGCCGGUCAGAAAAAGUAUGGCAAGAAGCAAGAGCUCCAGCGUCGGGCCAUGGAGUUGCUGAAGAGCAACUCGAUGCCCAUCUUGACGAAGAUAAGGGAUUUGCACAAUAGCAGGUUCCCGUCGUCGUCGCUGGGCGCCAGCCUGCAUGCAACAGCUGACGCGGCCGAUCGGCGGCCCUGCGGUGCCACCCCUGGCAGUGUCCAGAAGGAUCCCGCCUCGCACUUGCCCCCCAGUGCGACCACCCGAGCAAGCAACCUGACGACUGGCCACCACGGAGCAGAUGGGGCAGGGCCACCACCCUUACACUCGGACUACUCGUCCCAGCUGCACCACGUGGCUCCACCUCCGCCGCCACUCAUGGGUCCCGAUGGCGCGGCUGGAGGUCCUCGCACACAGUCUAUCCACCCAGAUGUGCGUUUCAAGAGGCUGCCAUUCUAUGACAUCCUGGCUGAACUCCACCCACCAGCAAGUCUGAUGCCUAAAAGCAAUGCAGAGUAUCAGGAGGCCAGAUUCAUGUUCCACUUCACACCACAGCAAGUGCUGGACAUAGUCUCUUCAAGGGAAUACAACUUGGGAACAAGGCCAGAAUUCACUGUUCAAGUACAGCUCAGAUUCUGUCUGCUGGAAACAAGCUGUGAGCAGGAUGACAACUAUCCUCCAAUGAUGACUGUCAAGGUCAACUCUAACAUGUGUCCUUUGCCAAGCAUAAUCCCCACCAACAAGCCUGGCAUGGAGCCCAAGCGGCCAAGCCGACCGCUCAACAUUGUCUACAUGUGCCGCCUUUCCUCUACAGAACCCAAUCACAUAUCCGUCACCUGGCUUGCCAAGGAUGGCCUGGCCUAUGCCUUGGGUGUGUACCUUGUGCGAAAGUUGACGGCAACAACUCUCCUUCAACGGCUGAAAGAAAGAGGCCCGAGUAAUCGCAACAACACAAUAGCAAUGAUCAAAGAAAAGCUGCGAUGUGACCCCGAUUCAGAGAUUACAAUGAUGAGUCUGCAUGGGUCCCUAAUCUGUCCGCUGGGCAAGAUGCGAAUGAACAUUCCGUGCCGAGCACUAACGUGCCCACACCUACAGUGCUUUGAUGCUUUGCUGUACUUGCAAAUGAAUGAAAAGAAGCCCACGUGGACCUGCCCAGUCUGUAACCGGCCGGCCGCCUUCUCAUCUUUGGCGAUAGACGGGCUAUUCAUGGAAAUUACUAUGAAGGAACCUUGCAAUUGUACUGAGGUUGAAUUGCACGAAGAUGGUUCCUGGUCACCUUUGGUGCCGAAGAAGACCCAUGCUGUUAAAAAUCCCUUUUCUACAGCAAUGGCAUCUAUGCCUGGAAGUUCACCUCCUUCAACACCAUUAAGGGAACAGGCUGAACAAGCCGCCAAGAAGCCUCGUGUAGCGAUCAUAGACCUGACAGCAGCGAGCAGCGACGAGGAUUGAACUGAACUGUGCCGGCAGUUUAGUACCCAAGCCCCUGCUGGUACACUACCGCGGCUCUUGUUUCAACCCUUUUAAUUGAAAUUAAAUGGUAAGCCCAGGAGGCUGAUACUGU